AAGUCUGAUCCAGCAUCACGACCGCCAUGGGAUGAGGCCGCCUCGAUCUUUGUCCAAACUCCCGAGCCCGGCUGGACAUUCGGCUCUGGUGCCAACCACACGCAGGCACGAGCUUCGGCUUCUGCGGCGACUGCCAAACAUGUUGCCAUCGACCCUUUUGCGCCAGACCGCAAGGCAAUGGACAACUACAGACUGCUCGUGAGCGGAGUCGUUCCGCGGCCCAUUGCCCUCAUCUCGACGCGGUCUCCCGAUGGCUCAGUCGAGAACUUGGCGCCGAUGAGCUUCUUCCAGAUGGUCAACAUAGACCCGCCAAUCCUGGCAGUCGGACUGACGAGCUCGUUGAAAGAAGCCAAAGAUACGUUGCUCAACCUCAUCCAGGCGAGGGAGUGCGUCGUAAACGUCGUCAGCGAAGGCUUCGUCGAGGCUGUAAACGCCACAAGCAUCAAUGCUCCCUAUGGCGUCUCUGAAUGGGAUAUUGCUGGCUUGACUCCGGUGCACGACUGCCACACUGUGUCGUGCGCACGAGUCAAGGAGUCCAUCUUUAGUAUCGAGGCUCGUCUUGAGAGCGUUCGCGAGUUCACCAGCCGGAGUUAUCCUGGGAAGAAAUCGGGCUGCCUUGUGUUGCUUGAGGUCACGUACUUUUGGGCGAGAGAAGAUGCCAUCAAUGAAGAAAAGAACCAUCUGGAUCUAACGGUGUUGCGUCCGAUGAGCAGAUUAGGUGGUGACAUGUACGGCAGAACUACACAAGUUAUGGAACUGAAGCGCCCGGACUUUGAACGGGACUUGAAUGGGUUCGAAGGCUUGGAAAAGCUCAAAGAGAACAAAGAA